UGAUUCUUUAUGUGGGGAACUGCAAAAAGGGUAGGAUUAUCUCCGUCUCCUGUUUGGUGCAAUAUUUAAAGACGCCAGAUUCAUAUCAAACACGUAUACUACACGAUAAGACCACACUAGGCACCCUAGCUAUAGUGCACAUUUUAAGAUAUUGUGACUUUAAUCCAAUAUAUAAUUACAUAAUAAUUAUAUAUUUACCAUCUCCUGUCUUUAAUCCAAUAUAUAAUUACAUAAUAAUUACAUAAUAAUUAUAUAUCUACCAUCUCCUGUCUUUAAUCCAAUAUAUAAUUACAUAAUAAUUAUAUAUCUACCAUCUCAAUAUAUAAUUACAUAAUAAUUAUAUAUUUACCAUCUCCUGUUUGUUCCUCAUCGAUUAUCAACAGUUGAACAUCAAUGACAUAAACAACAAAGCAGAAAGCAGGAUCAUACAACAAUUAAUGGAGGGUGAAUUCUUCAACUUCAUUCAGCCGCACUUCAACGACCCAUAUUUCUCCACGUCGCUUCAAAACUUCUGGAGCCGUAGAUGGAACCUCGUGGCCCACAGCAUCCUGCACUCCGCUGUGUACGAACCCACCCGCGAUUACUCUGCAGGCGUCAUUGGCUCCGAGUGGGCCCCUCUGCCGGCUGUCUUCGGAAGCUUUCUGGUGUCGGGGCUCAUGCACGAGCACAUGUACUACUGCAUGGGGCGGGUGAGGCCCACGUGGGAGGUCACGUGGUUCUUCGUUUUGCACGGAGUGUGCUUGCCGGUUGAGAUCGUUUUGAACAAGGCGUUGAAGGGCAGGUGCCGGUUGCCGAAGGUGAUCUCGGUGCCGUUGACCCUUGGGUUUGUGGUGGUGACCUCCUAUUGGCUGUUCUUUCCGCAGUUUACUCGGUGCAAGGCUGACGUUAGAAUGCUUCAAGAGUACGGUGAGUUUGCCGCGUUCUUGAAGAAUGUCAUUCCAAGUUUCCGAUAAUAUAUGAAAGGUUUGUUUUGGUUCGCCCCCCUAUACCUCAUAGUUCAAGAAAAUUAUGGUUAUUAACUGUUCCAUUUUAAUUCAAGUUUGAAACAGAAAGUAUUAUAACAAAAGUUAAAUGACUACUCUGUUGUAUUGAGAUCAUACGGUGAAUAAUCACAAUUUUCUUGCACCAUGAAAAGAACGCAACAUUUUUACUCACAAUAUACUCUGAUUAUCUUCAAGGGACUCAUCAGACACUACAUGACAACAGGGAAGUGACAGAAUUCUAUGUGACGCCCCAAAAUCAUGAAAUUUAAGAUCUUGGUUCAUGAAGUGUCUUAAUUUUAUCCAACAUUAAGUUUACAGAUUGUAUCUCUCUUAAUCAACCAUUAACACAGUUAUGUAAUAUUUGAUUUUGGUU